AUGCCCCACGAGGUGCCGAGCUUCUCGGAGCAAAUGCGCCAGGCGAGCGCAGUCGGCGGCGCAUCAGUUGCGCAGAUCGAUGAGGCAAGACCGCAGGAAGAGCAGGAAGAGGCCUCCAUGGCAGGGCCCACUGCCGAUCAGAUCAAGGCCUUCUGUGCGUCGGCAGAGGCCCUUGUGGCCUGGGAGGUCAAGGAGAGGUCGGGUGAUCUCACUCGCCACACCCACUGGAGAGGAGGAGCAGGUGUUCACUGGCUGGAUGGAGACCUCAGGGGAAGAGGUCCAGGCGGCACAAGCUCCAGCAGAACGCUCUCAGCCCACGAAGGUCUUCGCAACGGAGUCCAAGUCGACAGAGGCGUUGGUCUCUGCGACUCCGGACAUCCAGGACGCCGCUUUGCUUCCCAAAGAGGCCGAGGUUAG